UUCCAGGGUAUCAGAGAAGUCAAAAAUAUCGUGUGUAGAAGAUGGCAUAUAAAGUGGAUGUGACGCAGAUGAAAAUAGCCGAGAAGCUGAUUAUACUGAAUGAUCGAGCAGUGGGUAUGCUUACAAGGCUAUAUAAUAUCAAGAAAGCUUGCGGUGAUCCCAAAUCAAAACCGCAGUUUUUAAGCGAGAAAUCAUUGGAAAAUUGCAUUAAGCAUAUAGUGCGCAAAUUCCCCAUUGUUGAUGCCAGAUCAAGCAGUACGUUAUUUCAUCAAGUAACUUUAAUAAAGCAGGAAAUAUUGAAAUCUCUCUCGCUCUAUUACUGUACAUUUGCUGAUUUGCUAGAUUUGAAAGAUCACAUCCUACAGCUACUAACAACAAUGGAUGCUGCACAGUUCAAACUAGAUAUAACAACAAGCUACGAUUUAACAGCAGGUUACAUGAAUUUGGUGAUUAAUUUGGUGUGCUUGAUGGUGCUCUUAUCUCGCGUGGAUGAUAGGAAAGCUGUUCUCGGAUUAUUCAACGCUGCAUAUGAACUGUGUAAUGGACAAAGUGAACCUACUUUUCCGAGAUUAGGACAAAUGAUUAUUGAAUACGAUAAUCCCUGGAAGAAAUUGGCCGAAGAUUUAGGACCUUUAAAUAGGUUGAUUCAUGGCUCACUAACGUCGUUAGGAACAGUUUAUGUGCGCAGAAAUAUAACUGCAGAUGCAUGGCGUAACGCGCAAAUGUUAUCACUUGUUGCUUCUCCACAACAAAUUCUAUACGCUGCACAAACUGAUACGAUAGCUUGCGAAUAUUUAUCAUUGGAUGUUAUGGACAGGUGGAUAAUAUUGGGUGUGCUUGUUUGUCAUAACACACUUUUAAACGAUUCCGUAAUUGCUAAUUUGUGGCAACGUGCUUUGCAAACGGGUCUCGCUAUACGCCUUUUUAGGGAUGAAAUUCUUAUUGUUCAUCAAACGGUGCAGAGUGUUUUUGAAAAUGUGAAAAAUUAUGGUAAAAAGCUGCAGGAAGUGAAAGACCACUAUUCAGUUGCAUUGCAAACAAGCCUCACCGUUCAUCGUGAUCGGCGUCGUUUUCUUCGAGGUACUUUACGCGAACUUUGUUUGCUUAUCAGAGAUCAAGUGGGUCUUCUUGGGCCAAAAAUUUUGUUCGUUUGGAUGGCUCUUUCGUUUUCGAGGGAUGAAGUAGUGUGGCUUCUGCGACAUAUCGAUAUUUGGCCGGUAAGUGGUAACAAAAAGACGAAACAUGCCGAUGAAGUAGCAGACAAACAAUUACCCGAGCUGCUGUACUAUAUCUUGGAGUUGCGCUCUCUGGUACAACAACAUGAUGGAGUUAUUAAGCGAUACUAUUCGCAGUAUGUCACUGGCUACGAUGCACUCAUUUUGACUGAUAUUGUGCAGUCCAUUGAAAAUUUGGGCGAAAAAGAAUCAGUGUUAUUAUCCGAUUUUUGUGCUGAUCUAUCUCAUAUUAACCAGGAUAGUAUUGACUUGCGCUCUUUGCGUUUGGAUUGGUUCCGUUUCCAAGCUUAUGUCAGUAUGAAUCGGUCAUCUUUUACUUUAAAUACUGAUCGCCGUUUAGCGGUUACAAUGAAUACUACUGUAUUUCAUUUGAAAAUGAUCGAUCUUAUAGAUGAAAUGCUCCGAGAAACAAGUGAUUUAUCGAUUUAUUGUUUCUAUGCUCAACAGCUAGAAACACAACUGCAUCAGUGCCUCCAGCUGCCAUCUCAAUCAAGGUACACUGUUUCCUUUGCCCAUAUAUGCUCAAACUUUCGUUCUGCAUUGCACGAUCUUUGUCCGGAAGAAAAAGCACAUAUCAUUGAUCGGAGCUUAAAGUUAUGUAACUUGGUUCUGGAUGAGUUGGCGAAGGAAACGGCUUCUGUAACUGCUCGAUUAUGCGAAUAUGAGGUGCGUCUGACUGAGCAACUUUCACCAAACAAUUGUGCAAGGCUGAUUGAAGAGCAUGAUAAGCAGAAAUCGAAUAAAAUUUCGAAUACGGCUCGUUCAUUAGUUAUGCCAGGCGAAGAAAGUUUCCGUUACAGUCGAGAUACGUUAACAUUGGCUGAUAAGCUGCAGACGGCGCUUCAUGAAUUGUGCACAGCAGUUACUUCAUCAAGGCAGGUGAUCGUGUCGGAUCACAUAUUUGCCCCACGUGAGUAUCUGGCACAACAGCUGGAAUCACAGCUUACGCAAUCACUCCAAACGCUAAUCUCAUCAUCUGAACAUCCGAUGAGACCAUGUCAGCUUUUGGCUUCAAUAAAUGCUCACAUGAUUGUACUGCAAAAUUUGGACACUAUAGUAACAUUGGAUGUGACUCGUCUUUUCAACAGCGUGCUUUUACAACAAACACAGUACCAGGAUUAUCACGGCAAUGACACGUUAACAUCUAUUUACACAAAGUGGUAUCUUGAAGUCGUUCUUCGUCGGAUGAGUACUGGGCAAAUAUUGUUUUCACCUCAUUUCGCAGCUCUGAUUGCAAACCCAGACUAUCAGCAUACGUUCAGCCCCGAUCAAUACACUGACAAUCGUGAACUGAGAGCUUUGUCUCUACUUCUGGGACCAUAUGGUGUGAAAACCAUGAGUGAGAAAUUGAUAUGGCAUGUAGCAAGUCAAAUCACUGAAUUGAAUAAAAUUGUUAACGAUCAUCGAGAUGCUUUGGUCUUAGCUCGGAGUUGUUUUGACAAGCCGGAGAAAAUGCGCGAAUUGUUAUUGCAGUUGAGUGGAGAUAUAAAAGAUAAAAAACAAAUUCCGGUGAACGGACCCAUGGAGUCGAUACUACAGCGUGUAACAAUUAUCGGUGAAAUCCUAUCAUUUCGUUCUCUUUUGCACGCUGCCCUGCAUGAUGUACUCAAACGUCGCUUGCCGUUUUUGUUAUCGAUUGUGAAUGAUUUACAUGAUACCGCCAGCGAACAUAAUUUAUUGAUGCUAUCAGAACUUUGCAUGGCUGUUGGCAUCAAUACGGAUGUGGAUGUUGCCUUAGUCCAUGCUAUUCGAGCUCAGACGAAACAAACAGAACCCGAUGAACACUACACUUUAUCAUGUCUGCUACUUGUUUUCAUUGCACUUUCGUUACCUCGACUUGCUCUGACACAAAAUAGUCAAUACAGCGCCUCGCUGCUAGCCUCUAAAAACAAUUUGCAAUGUAUAGCUCUGGCAGUGUCAACGAUUGCAAAUGCAUUAUUUUGUUUACAUGGCCGUAACGAUAUUAUUGAAAGAAUGAAAGAAUUUCUGGCACUUGCAUCGAAUGGUCUUCUGAGAACGUCAGAGGAUAGUAACGACGUGGACACGACAAGGUCACGACAGUUUGUUUAUGUUAUACUUGAUCAGUUAGUGAAGCUUAGUCCAUUUUUAUCGUUUGAUCUUCUGGAGUCUUGUUUCCCGUAUAAUCUUAUCCGGUCUUCAUAUCAAUAUUGCUAUCAACUGGAGGAACUGAAAUGA